GCUUCGCUCCAACUCAAAGAGGUCCCCUGCAGCACCACCCGGCCCAAGAUGUUCCGCUAACACAAGAAGCCCUGCGUCUCCAUAGAAGCACCUUGUCUAUGGAGUUGCUGUGGCUCCAACAGGCCAUCGGCAGCAGGAAAAAGUACUUGUCACUGAAACAGUGGCUGUCUGCUACCUGACACAAGAUGGAACCAAGUCACCGGAACUACACAUCAUCCUUUCCGAAUAAUAUGUGUGUGUAUGUGUGUGUGUAUGUGUGUGUUGAUUGAACAAUAAAGACGCUGUUUUAUAAAUGCUGAAUCUGAAAUAUUUUUUGCACAAAUGUUUGUGUUUCAUAAGGAAUUGGACAUAACCUCUGUAUCUCAUGUUGCUAUGCAACAAAAUCAUAUUAUCAGUGUAGCAUAUAACACAUUGAGUUAGUAAUCCUAAUAAUUCAAAGUCUUGUAUGUGCAUUGUAAACCCAUAUAGUUUAGUUUAUUUAUGAAUUAAACCCAAAAUUCUAAGUUGAGUUUUAUACAUGCACAUAUAGAACACCACAGUCAUCCAGACUUACCUUUCUUAAAAAAAAGGCUAAGGAUGUGUGAUAGGUUUGUUAUCUUUUUUUCUCUCCUACAUACACACUCUCAAUCUCUCAUUCUCUUGUUCUCUCUCUCCCUCUGGCUUUUGUUGUGGUUGCGGCCGCUGAUGGUUUGGCCCACAAAGCCAGUCUUUGCUGGCCCUGCUGCCAUGGCAACCAGGAAAUACUCAACAGUCGUCAGUGGGGUGGUGUGUGCCCGUGUCUAUGUAUAUGUGUGUGUGUAUUCGUGGGAGCAGGAGAGACUCCGAGAGAUAGGAGCCUGGCGUGUCCAGACAGACCACAAUAGAUGGCAGAAGGUACCAGCGGAGGGACAUCCCUCCUCCCCCCAGUGAAGAGCGUGGUGGUCUACAGGAACGGAGACCCCUUCUACUGCGGGCGAAGGUUUGUGGUCAACCAGCGACAGGUGGCCACCAUGGAAGCCUUCUUAAACGAGGUGACCCACAACAUAGGGGCUCCCCUGGCCAUCCGGAACCUGUACACCCCCCGGCAGGGUCACCGGGUGGGCCACUUCCAGGACCUCCACACCGGAGGGCACUAUGUCGCUGCUGGCUUUGAGCGCUUCAAGAAAUUAGAUUACCUGAAUACAGGAUUGAAAAAAACUUUCGUUGCCCGUGAAGGAACUCAGGCAAGAGUAAACCAGAGGCCCAACGUCUCAGCCAAAUGGAGAAAGUUCAUACCAAUACCUUGCAUCAUACAUGUUUUCCGUAAUGGUGACCUGCUGUGUCCACCGUUCCGGUUCAUCAUCCCCCGCAGCAUGCAGCAUGACCUGGAGCAGGUCCUCCGCAUGGUCACUGAGAAGGCCAGCCUACGGACUGGGGCGGUACGCAGGUUGUGUUCUAUGGAUGGAGCCACCGUGACCAUGGGGGAAAAGCUGGAGACGGGCCAGUGCUACGUCGCCGUGGGAACCGAGAGGUUCCGGAAGCUUCCGUACGUCGAGUUGUGGCUUUCAAAAGUGCAGAGAAAUAAACGGAUGGAAAAAAGAGCUGAGAUGAUGAAGCCAGCAACUGGUCCUGUGGACAGGUUCAGUGACUUCGCUCUCCUGGAUUCCCCGCUGGCCGACGGUCGCAGGGUGAAGUCAUCGGGGGACGAGGCCACGGAGGCCGGAAACCCCCCAGCGAAUCAGGGCAGGGUAAUUGCUGAGGAUCCCGUCAGGAUCAAUAGGGACCGGGGACAACCCAGGGUACCGGUCCGCAACAGACCAGAGCAGACCAACGGCUUGCACUACAAGGCAGGCAGGAGGCGCAGGGAGGAGGUGCGAGGAGCCCAGGAGGUGCCGGAGGAUGAGAACACCCACACAGAGCUUCCUGUGGACCAGAUAGUAGCAGAAGUGGUGGAGGAUGAAGAGAAAAGCCAUGAUGCUGAUGUUCAGCCUCAGAACAACGAGAAGCUAAUAAAUGGAAAGAUGAUGACAACAGAUGGCUCACCAGAGCCCCUCAGAUCAAGCACGCCCCCGCAAAGAGAUUCCAGCAUACAGUUUCAAAAUGAAACUCAACUAUACCAGAAGCACCCAGAGCUCAGGGUGACCAACAUGAACAAAGUGCAAGAAGUUGAGCAGCACAAAGGCCCCCAGGCUGAUCUCGGGCAAGAACAAACGGCUGCCAUCCCAAGGGUGUCUUCCUCCACAUCCCUGGCCUCAAGAAGUGGACAGGUCGAAGAGAAAAACAGGGCAGUGGAAGGAUACGGAUCAAGUCCACAAUCCCCAAACUCAAAGGAGUCUUUACCAAAGUCCCAAGCGGACAUAAUGGAAACAUCCGAUGCACCAGUGACCAAAAACUGAGGUCCUAUCAACCAAAUAACUACCUAAAAUGUACUGUGUGAAUAACGAUGACUACUGAGUGCAAAGUAUGAGCCGUAUACCUACAACGACCUACACUGGUUAACGAAUAUUCAUGUCUGUGUGAAGUACAUCUAAAACACAAUACUGUGUGAGACCAAUGACUUUAUGUUACAACUGUGACGCAGCUAUUGACUGGGAAAUAGAGAGUUGCUGAAUAUUAAUUUAUUACAUUAUACAUUCAUAUAUAUUAAACAAAAUGCAUACAGAAUGCCCAAAUAACCUUUUUAUGGAAAUAAACAACUAUUCAGCAGGGCCCACCACAUAGCAAAAGCAAAAAAUAUAUAUAAAAAAUAUACCUAUGUUAUGUAAAUUGUUCAUUUCACCAUGCUUGCGUUUGCUCUCAACACUAACGGUCACAGAUCACAGCGGACACUAGUAAGACAGUAAGACAGCCCCCGUGAAAAGGCAAUGACAGUUUGUUUGUUCGCGUUCAACCAUCACCCUUUUUGUAUGUGGUUUCUAUAGUGUCUGUAUAGAUGCCAGUAAAGGCGUUCAGUGCCGUAAAGUACAAGUUAACGAGCAGGAAAUUCUAUUCAGGGGCUGUAAAUCUGCUUCAGCGCUGAAGUGAACCCUAUGUGAACCCAGGGCUCAGCCUAUUUAACAGGAGGAGUGGGCCAGGGCUUAUACCCUAGUCUUUGAUUCUUUUUUUGUAUUUCAUCCUAAUAC